AUGACCACUCCACAAACCCUCCACCACGCGUUAUUGCGGCCUUGUGUACUUCAUAUUCUUCGCGCAGCUGGAUUUCACAGUACGCGACCGUCAGUCGUGGAUGCGCUCACCGAUAUUGCCGCGAGAUUCAUGGUUACCAUCGCACAGUCAACGAUGGCUCAUGCUUCGACAAGUCAUUCCGACCAGCCCGAACUGGCCAUGGAGGUUGGAAUUCAAGAUGUGAGAAUGGCCAUGGAAGCAUGUGGUGUGCUGUAUCCAGAGGAAACAUUCAUGGAUCAAGAGUUUACGGGCGUGGAAGAUACCCGGGGGGUGGAUGAGUUUGUUGCAUGGGCUACGGGUCCAAGUAGUAAGGAAAUUAGGAGAAUUGCGUUUGAAGGGGGAGAUGGUUCCAAGGAUGAUUACUUGACGGUUCUUAAGAAGAAGCAUAGUACAACAGACGAAGACUCGAGAUAUACAGGUACGAUAUUAGGGAAACCUGCAGAGCCACGCACGAUACGCAUUGAGGGAGGGGAAUAUACCAGUCUAGAGGAGUUUAGAGAAAAUCUACAGAAAGAAUCAAUGGUCACGUCCUUGAUAUCCUCGAGACGACAAUCUUCGGUAUUGAGUUCAUUAGGAGACGAAAUAAUGGAGGAGAUGGAUUUUUCAUAG